CAUAGAAAAUCGAAGUGCAUGCUGGGGACUGCGUGAGUUUAUUUUUUUUCGGGCGGAGAUAAUGUUGUUUGCACAAAUGGUAGCAAGAAAUUUCCAUUGAUAGAAGUUUGUAUUGCAUGUUUAUUGUACAAAAUUACUAUUAUGUGUCCUCUACUAUUGUUCAGUUUUAUUGAAACUAGGCAGCUAUUUGAUAACUAAGUUGCGUCAUCCUUCGUAGUAGCAAAUGUGUCAUCUAGCUAACGUUAGCCAGCUAGCUUCCCAACUGCAGAGUUAAACAUUUGAAAUUAAUGUUUUUAUACUAACGUUGGCUAAACCUGCCAUUACUGGGGGUCAUUUCGGAAGGUAUUAUUAUGUAUGAACUAUGAACUUUGCUCGUGCAAGACAUGCCCAGCUGAUUUCGACGUUAACAGAAUAGACUGUAGAGAGACUAGCUAACAUUAGCUAGUAUCCGCUAGCUAGCUAACAGUGAUUGGUUUCCAAGCACCCAAGUCCAUCUUGAAUAGGCACACAGCUACAACAGAGACAAUGGAUGAGAGCCCAGAAGCUGCUGUGGACAACGAUGACCUUGUUAUUAUUGUGGAAAACGAGGCAGAGAGCUUGCCAGCUGAAGAGGAGAGGGCGAAACAGCUAGGAGGUAGCCUCGGUCUCAUGGACACUUGCCCUGUCUGCAAGUUGAAUUUCCACAACAGGGAGCCGAAACUUCUGCCAUGCCUCCACUCUUUCUGCAAUAAGUGUCUUCCACCUCCUUCAAGGAACUUAAUAAACACUGAACAACGGCGCGACCCGCAACUUCAAGUGGACAACUCGAAACCACUCAAUGUGAUCCGCUGCCCCGUGUGUCGACAAGAGUGCUGGGAGGUGGAGGUGCUCGAUAACUUCUUUGUGAAGGACUCUGUGGAGGUUCCCAGCAGCACAGUGGAGAAGACCAGUCAGGUGUGUAUGAGUUGUGAUGACAACACAGAGGCCACGGGGUUCUGUGUGGAGUGUGUGGAGUUCCUGUGUGUGACGUGUAUUGAGGCCCACCAGCGAGUCAAGUUCACCAGGGAUCAUACCAUACGGCAGAAGGAGGAGAUGUCCCCAGAGGCUGUUGGUGCAACCACACAGAAGCCAGUGUUUUGUGACAUCCACAAGCAGGAGCCCCUCAAGCUGUUCUGUGAGACCUGCGACCGUCUCACAUGCAGAGACUGUCAGCUGCUCAAGCACAAGGACCACAAUUACCAGUUCCUUGAAGAUGCCUACAGAAACCACAGGCAACACCUGGAAAACAUGACACAUCAGCUACAGGAGAAGAGGAAAGCCAUAGAAGAAGUGUCCAACUGCAUCAACAAUGGACUCCAGCAAGUCGAUGAAAACCGCAAGUCUGUCACCAAUGAGAUAAAGAAGUCAAUUUGCAACUUGAUCAUGGAGAUCAACAGAAAGGGAAAAAUCUUGGUCAAUCAACUUGAGACACUGACGAAGGACCACGAGGUCGGACUGAAGAAACAACAAGAAGAUGUCAGCCACCUGACCAGACAUCUAGAUCACGUCAUCAACUUCACCAAGUGGGCCACAGCCAGUCACAGUGGCACAGCUCUGCUGUACUGCAAGAGACUGAUUCUUUGCCAAAUCCAUUACCUAAUGAGGGCCAACUGCAACGCAUCCAUCGUCCCUCAGAGCUCAGUCCGCUUCCAGUGUCGCUCCGGUUUCUGGGCCUCAAAUGUCGACCUUGGGUCUUUAGCAGUAGAGAGAAUUCCUGGUCGUCAGCCCAGUUCCAUUCAGCAGGGCUUCCCUCCUGGCCACCCCAGCCAGCCUGGCCCUGGCCCCGGCCCUAGAGUAGAGGUCCCUCCCGGGGCCUUCCCUCCAGGCUCCUCCGCUCACCAGCGUGGGAGCACCCUGGCCCAGCUCCAGCUGCAGGUAGAGAAGCUUGCCCAGCACCCCAACAGGGCUGGACAGCCCCCUCCCAACCAUUGGUCUUGGUACCAGCAGGGUCUGAAGCUCCCAGGGCCGGGGCCAGGUCCAGGGGGCCCACCUCCACAGAGGCCCCACCAGGGGGGUUCUCCAUCGCAGGGUCCCCCCAACAUGGUCCAGAUCCAGCAGCCAGGCCGGAGUUACGGACCCCCCGGCCCCCAAACCCAUCCCAACCCCAGGAGCCCCACCUCUAUGCUGCAAAACGCAGGCUUCCCUCCUCAGUCUCUAAGGGAUCUCAUCCACAACUCCAGCUUCCCUCCCAAACCAAUGGAUGUGCUACAGGGUACCUCCCGCUACUCUCAUGCACCUCCUAACACAGGACCCAUCAGCACUCAAGCCUCUAUACACCAGCGUAACAUGAUGGAAGCUGCACAACUGAGGAGGAGUGACCCCAGUGGAUCUUCAUCAUUGUCCAUGUCCAACCCCAGAGCUAGUUAUGCUCCGAGCCUAGCCACUGCCUUCCCAGACAGACAUUCACAAGGAAGACAGAAUUCCCCCAUGUCCAAAUCUUCCUCCUCUGAAGCCAACAUAGGGUCUGCUUCCUGGAAGCGCACAGAGCCUCAUGCUGCGGCUCCCCCCUCAGCUAAGCGGAGGCGAAGGUCGUCCCCCGGACCAAUCAUCGUCAUCAAGGACGAACCAGAGGACGAUGACGAAGUCAGCUUUGUGCAGUCUAGUGUUGGAGCCUCAGCCAGCCUGCCAGACAGCAGUACAGGCAUCCAGCCCAAGCCCCAGCAGCAGUAUCUCCCAGCACCCAUGGUGGAGCCCCAGCUAGAGCCAGAUCCCCAGCUAGAGCCAGAUCCCCAGCUAGAGCCAGAGCUCCUGCUAGAGCCAGAGCUCCAGCUAGAGCUCCAGCUAGAGCCCCAGCUAGAGCCCCAGCUAGCGCCAGAGCCCCAGCUAGAGCCAGAGCCCCAGCCAGAGCCCCAGCUAGAGCCAGAGCCCCAGCCAGAGCCCCAGCUAGAGCCAGAGGCCCAGCCAGAGCUAGAGCCAGAGGCCCAGCCAGAGGCCCAGCUAGAGCCAGAGGCCCAGCCAGAGACCCAGGUAGAGCUAGAGGCAGAUCCCCAACCAGACCGAGAAAAGGCCCCAGGUGUCCCUGAAGAUGACCCAAAUGAAGACUGGUGCGCCGCAUGUCAGAAUGGGGGAGAAGUGCUCUGCUGUGACAGAUGUCCCAAAGUCUUCCAUCUGAACUGUCAUAUACCUUCACUUAGAGAGUCUCCCAGUGGUGAGUGGUUCUGUUCGUUCUGUCGUGACCUGGCCAGUCCUGAGAUGGAGUAUAACCCAGAUAGCCAGGGAGAAUCACCAGCCAUGAAGGAAGAGCCAGGAUCAGAGAGAUUCCCUCCAGUUGAUAAGAGGAAAUGUGAGAGACUGUUGCUCUGCAUCUACUGCAACGAGUUCAGUACAGAUUUCCAGGAGCCUGCCUCACCGUUGUCAGUCCCGGAGUAUAAGGAGCUGAUUGAGACUCCAAUGGACCUGUCUAUAGUGAAGAGCAGGCUGGAGUCUAAGGAGAGCCCACGUUACUGCAGUGCUGAGGAGUUUGUCAAGGAUGUCCGGCUCAUAUUCAGGAACUGUGCAAAGUAUUACCAGGCAGACACUGAGGUGGGAGGUGCAGGACUGAGCCUGGAGGAGUACUUUGAAGAGCAGCUGAAGCUCCUCUACCAAGACAGGAGCUUCCCUGGGGGCAGAGAGGAGGGCAUGAUACCCCCUGUGGAGGACGAGAUGGAAGAAGGGAUGGAAGAUGACGGGAUGGCUCCUAACGAAGGGGAUAUGCCCCCAGUCGAGGACGAUCUAACACCUGUUGAAGAAGGGAUGCCUUCUAUGGAGAAAGAAGGAACGGAAGAGGCUCCUGUGGAAGGAGGGAUGGAGGAAGAAGGGAUACCUCCUUUAGAAGAGAGCAUGGAAGAGGAAGGGGAAGAGACUUCUCCAGUGAAAGGAGACUCACCACCUUCUGAUGCUACUGAACCAGUAGAUCCAUCAACAAGGGGUGCAUCAUCACCCAACCUUCCCAGCAAGGAUGCUCCUCAACCCCUGUCAGAUUCCCCAGACAACCCUCCCUGCGAGGAGGCCCCCCAACCCCUCUCAGAUACCCCAGACAACCCUCCUGACAACAGCCCUGCUGCAGGCUUAGCCACAGAAAAUGAGGGGACGACUAAAGAAGUGCGAGACGAAGCAGAAGAGGAAUGAUUCUUGUUCUUCCACUGUAAAUUGGACGGACAAUAAAGCUUUUAGAAUUAUCUAUAGGUUCUGUUGUCUGAAAAUACAGGGUGACCUCUUUGCUGCGUCAUAUACUUUUUGAUAUGAUUUUCAAUAAUAAAUAAACAGAAAACUGGGACGUUUAACAGGGUACAGAGGGGGACAAUGAAUGCACAAAUGUUUGUCUUGUUACAAAGCAAUGUAGCUACAUGUAUGAACUAGUAAUGCACAGACUGUUCUGUCUGCUGAGAUUGAGAAGUUACAAUCAUGCUGUAACUGAUGAACUUUCUACAAUAACAAUCAUAACACAAAUAAUGUCCAUUAUUGAUAAAUUGUCUCAAAUUUUCCAUGUUGGCUUUUGUAAAGAUGAAUGCCAUAUAAUACUGUAUAUUUAAAAUAAUGUAAGUGAUUUUAUUUAUCCAACUCUAAAGAAAAAUAACUGCAAAGACAGAACUCCAUGAAAACCAUAGCCCUUACAUCCCCGUCUUAACUCAAACGUUUUUGAUAAAGGUCAAUCAUUUUUUAAAAACUUUUAUGUAUAGUUGUGUUAUAAUUUAGUUAAAUUCUAGGCUACUCUUGUACAGAACAUUGUUAAGGAGGUAUUCUGUAAGGUGGACUCAGCGAUAUAACAUAGAUGCAAAAGGCAAACAGCAUAGUGGGUCAAUUUCAGCGACAACUAAGAGCGCGCGCGCUCAACAUCUCCGCUGUUUUGAUGCUCUGGCUACCGUGAAGCGAACUGUGUACAUGAGCAGAUACUGUGUGAGAGCCUUGUAUCCGUUCAUCUCAGUAUCUGCUGUGCUGCUGGUGGCAAUGUCAUUUUUCUGAGUCUACCUUUAAGACUGUUUACUAGAUUACAGGGAUGUAAAAUGAAAGUGCAGUGUUCUCGAAUGGUGCUGCUUGAUUUUUGGCAUGUAAAGAGAACCAAAUUGUAGCCCUCACUUUUCCUUCUUGCAUGUUUUCUUGUUGCCUGGCUACCCAGACUUGGUCUGGCCAAACGCUACGGCCACGGACGUUAUUUUUUCUCCACUAUCAGUAUGGAUCUGAGUACCUCCCCAACCCUUCACCGAAUGCGAACACAUUCGGGGCUGUCUGAUUGGGCCAGAGCCAGAACACACAUGGAUAAAGCAUCCAGUUAGAAAAGGUGUAAUUGACUUUGAUACUCUGAUUGGUUAGAGAUGAUCCAAUCGAUUUAGACUUUGUUUUGUACAACGCCCCUCAUCGCCACCACAAGACUUCAAUAGAUGCUGUAAAGAGGUCACUGGAAAGCAGACUUUGGGGGAUAGAAGGUUGCCAGAUUGGUGCACAGUCAAAAAAUCUGAUCUAACAAAGUGCAUAUUCGUCAAAUCCGUCGUGGUUGAUGUAUUGUAACAGGCCCACUGGUUACUAAAGUCUGAUUUGGAUUUAUUUGGCUGCAUAGCAUUUAGAAGUAGUCCCUUUUCAGGUUUAGAAGUGACUGCUAAAUACUAACUCCUGUUGGUAUAAGCAGGUAGCGUACAAUAAAACUUGAAUUAAACGCUGAGUCUCAAAUAGCCGCCUGUCCCUUUUAAUAGCCAGGCAGUGUUACACAUUUCAGCAAAUAAACGCCCCUUUCAAAGAAAUGUAGGGUCUAAAUGAAUUUUUUACAGAGGUUCCAUCAAUGACCAAAAACAGUCAACAACUUCCGGAGUACAGACCCCCAAAAAUUGCCCGAUUGCCUUCUAUUGGCAAAAGUAAGGACUGCUGAAAAUGCACAGUCAAGGAGAAUAAUGUUGUUGUUUUUUUAACAGAGGCAUACUAAGACAUAAUAAACUUGACACAAUGUCUACAUGAUAACACAGUGUAGAAAAUGAAGAAAUGUAUUCAAAUGCUGUAAGUGAAUGCUGGAAUUAAACAAUUAAAUAUGCAAAUGAGCAAAA